AUGGCUCAACAUCGUACCGGGACUUCCAGUGGUGGCAAUGGCGUCGAUGACCAGCUUCGUAGACGGCUAGCCGGCCUCACGAGUGCUUUUGAUGGAUCGCCGAAAGGGACUGUCCUUGGGCAUCGUGGCCUGGAGGUGAGAAUUUUUUUAAUUGUAAUAACUUUCAGAUUUGUGAAAUUAAUAUUAAUUUAA